AUGGCAUCAAAUAAUGAAAAUACAGUGAUUGAUGAUAAUGGAACAAUGGAUGAUGAAAAAUCAAGUAUCCCCGAAGAAGAAGGUCAAGAAAAUUUAGAAUUGUCAGGUUUGGCUGGUCCGAUGAAUUUCUUGGUUUGCGUUUAUUUCAUUAUUUUGAGUCACAUAAAUGCAGAUACUAAUCAACCCAUUAAUGUUAAUCUGGAUAGUGUAAUAGAUUUUCUUUCAACAAGCAAUGCAGAGAUUGGUGAUGAAAUUGAUAAAUUACAAGAAUUGGCUAUAAAAUGCCUUUUUAAUUUGGAUCUUUGUAUUAUAAAUCAAAAUGAAAAAAAAUUUUACAAUAUAGAUGCUACUUCAAUACCAAACAACCAAAGCUGGCCCCGUGCUUAUCUCGUAUUCGACAAAAAUAAUCGAAGUUUUUAUCCAUUCUAUAAACGUGAUAGUAAUAAAAAUAAUAAAAUUCAAACAAUUUUCCCGGUGAAUGAUACACAUAUUUUUAAAUUAUUUCAAGAUUCAGUGGAAAUUUAUAACUGGCCAUGUUGCCAGAUAAACACAGUGCAAAAUAUGUCGUGUGAAGAUAUAUCAAUGUCCGAUCAAGAAAGCAGUACAACUUUUCACAUGAAUGCCGCAAAAGUUUAUCCUGGAAAUCAGUUGGAAACGACGCUGGACGUCCCAAGUGUCUGUAACUUACUGGUUCAAAAUAUUAAAAGUCUUGCCAGUUAUAUUGAUUCUCAAAAUAGUAGUUCAAAUAUUUUAUUUAAAUCCUCAGAAUAUCAACUACAUGAUCGUGACUUUGUGUCUCCUGAAUCCGCUUUUAAAGCACUUCGAAUUCAAUUGGAACGGUUUUCGAAUAUUGCGCAUGACACAGCUGAAAGUUUCUAUACAAGUCGAAGAGGAUCGACUUCCGUAGAAAGUUCUGAUACUACUUUGGUUGAGCAAGAUGAUUCUUCGAACCUUCAUAAACAAGAUAUUUUCCGUAAUUCUCCAAUUCAUAUUAAACCAUCUUUACCAUGGAGUUCAACACCAACAACAUUUUCAAAUACAACAACUAAUUUAACAGAAACAAUUCAACUCUCUAAACCUGUAUUAGUUAAUCAACCAACGCGAUUUUGGCAUCAACGUAAUUUAAAAGAAUUGCGUGACAAACGCUGUCCAGCAGUUCCCGUUGAGGGUUGUGGGCAGCGCGCUGAAUUACUACUGAAAUUUGGAGACGAUAUAAAGACACUUGAAGAAGAAGUUUACCUUGGUGUUCAUGCGGUAACAUAUGACAAGGAAGAACAUGAUCAAAGAUUUGUUGUUCCUAUGAAUACAUCAGUCGCAAAAAACAUCAACUUGAAGACAAAUGAUCUGAAUGAGUUCAUAAUCGUUGAUAACAAAAAUCCUUACGAUGAAUUCGAUUUUACGACAAAAGGUGCCUUUUUAAAAAUUAAUCCAAAAAACCUUCAAAAAAAAUGCAAUUUUAAGAUGGUUAAUUUAUAUCAGGGUGAAACUAUUAACAAAGAUUUAAUUGAAAAUAAAAAACUCAAAUGGUGUAGAUUAAUGUUUGCCUUUUAUAUUAAAUUAUCUGAUGGUCAAUUCAUACCUGUUUCUCCAGCAACAUUUUCAGAUCUUAUUGAAGAAACCAAUCGUGCUCAAUCAGUUGAAACUGAUAGUAUUUUUCCGAAUAAGUUUUGUGAACGAGNAAAAAACUCAAAUGCAACAUUUUCAGAUCUUAUUGAAGAAACCAAUCGUGCUCAAUCAGUUGAAACUGAUAGUAUUUUUCCGAAUAAGUUUUGUGAACGAGGUGGUCAAAUGAUUUUUGUGCAACUGAACGCAGUAGUAGAAAAGUGCAAUUUACAUGUAACGUGCAACGGUAGAAAACUUGAAGAUAGUGACUUUCAGAUUGCUGAACAGAUUCUAUCAUUCGAAUCACCUGCACGUACACAGGGAAUAAAAUAUCUUCAUGUAACGAUAUUUAAUAAAAAUACGAACUUAUCAAUUGAUUACCAACAGCCGUAUUAUCUUCAUGACGAUCAUCCUGAUCCAUGUGGAGUGGUUAAUUAA